CUUAUCCAGUUUCUUGAAACAGAGUACUGAUCAAUGAACUCAUCAUUUUCUGCUUUCUCUGAAAUGUUUGGCUCCGACUACGAGUCCUCAGGCGGCGAUUAUAUUCCGACGCUGGCGACGAGCUGUCCCAAGAAACCUGCCGGAAGAAAGAAGUUUCGUGAGACUCGUCACCCAAUUUACAGAGGAGUUCGUCAAAGAAACUCCGGUAAGUGGGUUUGUGAGUUGAGAGAGCCAAACAAGAAAACGAGGAUUUGGCUCGGGACUUUCCAAACCGCCGAGAUGGCCGCUCGUGCUCACGACGUCGCCGCCUUAGCUCUCCGUGGCAGAUCAGCCUGUCUUAAUUUCGCUGACUCGGCUUGGAGGCUACGAAUCCCCGAGUCAACGUGCGCCAAGGAAAUCCAAAAGGCAGCGGCUGAAGCCGCGAUGGCUUUUCAAUAUGAGAUGUGUGAUACGACGACGACGGAACAUGGCAUUGACAUGGAAGAGACGAUGGUGGAAGCUAUUGUAACGGCGGAACAGAGCGACGCGUUUUAUUUAGACGACGAGGCGAUAUUCGGGAUGUCGAGUUUGUUGGAUAAUAUGGCCGAAGGGAUGCUUUUGCCGCCGCCGUCCGUUCAAUGGAACUAUAAUUUUGAUGUCGAGGGAGAUGAUGACGUGUCGUUAUGGAUCUUGAAGCUCGUUGGACCACCAACAUCAAUGGCGUCUGCAACAACUCUUCUGUUCCACCACGGUUCCACUCGAGUCCUCGUCGCUCGUAGACGGUACCAAGCCUCUGUCCUUAAACCUUGCGGACUAAAGCCCUUGAUUUCCUUCCGCAGCUUACCUAGCUCCACUGCUCCGUUCCGGCCUUCGUUGAGGGUAAAAUCCGAUGGCUUGGCUCGGGCCUAUGUUACUGGAGCGCCGCCUAUCGUGGACGAACCAGACCCAAAGAUUGAAGAAUCCAAAUCUGAGGCUGAAUCGAAGGAUUUAAUCAGUUGGGGUCUUGUGUGGAGCUUGAUGAGCAAACACAAGCUCAGGCUCAGUGUUUGCUUACUGACUCUCCUUGGCUGCAGUACUUGCACUCUCUCUAUGCCUGUUUUUUCUGGUAGAUUCUUUGAAGUGCUGAUUGGGGUGAGACCGGAGCCUCUGUGGCGGCUCCUGAGCAAAAUUGCUGUUUUGUACUCGUUGGAACCCAUUUUUACUAUUGCUUUUGUGACCAACAUGACUGCUAUUUGGGAAAACGUUAUGGCAACAUUAAGAGCUCAGAUUUUCAGAAGGGUUUUGAUCCAGAAAGCAGAGUUCUUCGACAAAUAUAAGGUAGGAGAGCUUACGGGGCUGCUAACGUCUGAUCUUGGUGCCCUGAAUAGCAUUGUGAAUGAUAACAUCUCACGAGAUCGUGGAUUUAGGGCAUUUACAGAGGUUUUUGGAACAAUCUGCAUUCUGUUUACUCUAUCUCCUCAACUUGCACCUGUGCUUGGUCUAUUGAUGCUAGCAGUGUCAGUUUUAGUUGCUGUGUACAAGAGAUCGACUGUUCCUGUUUAUAAAGCACACGGGUUAGCUCAAGCAACAAUGUCUGAUUGUGUAUCAGAAACGUUCUCUGCAAUCCGAACUGUAAGAUCAUUCAGCGGUGAAAAACGUCAGAUGUCUCUCUUUGGUAGUCAGAUUCUUUCUUACAAGCUUAGCGGCUUAAAGCUUGGUACUUUCAAGUCUAUAAAUGAAUCAAUAACAAGAGUUGCUGUUUAUAUAUCUCUGUUGGCUCUUUACUGUCUCGGGGGAAGCAAGGUGAAGACGGGUGAGCUCGCUGUUGGAACAGUUGUUUCGUUCAUUGGAUACACAUUUACUCUAACAUUUGCUGUCCAAGGGCUUGUAAACACGUUUGGAGAUCUACGUGGGACUUUUGCUGCUAUUGACAGGAUCAAUUCCAUUUUAAACGCGGUGGACAUAGAUGAGGCUCUUGCCUACGGGUUAGAAAGAGAUAUAAAUACAAAGAAAGUCCAAGAUGAAAACCUUAAAUUGUUCUUGUCUUCUGGCCCUAAUGUGAAUAUCCGAGAUGUCUGUCUUGAUGAUGUGCAUUUUGCUUAUCCUCUACGACCCGACGUGAAAGUUCUUGAUGGGCUGAGUUUAACGUUGAAUUCUGGUACCGUAACUGCUCUUGUUGGCUCUAGUGGUGCGGGAAAAAGUACUAUUGUACAGUUAUUGGCACGCUUCUAUGAGCCAACACAAGGACGUAUUACUGUGGGUGGAGAAGAUGUGAGGAUGUUUGACAAGAGUGAAUGGGCUAAGGUUGUCUCAAUUGUGAAUCAGGAACCUGUUCUCUUUUCUCUCUCCGUGGCCGAGAAUAUUGCAUAUGGUCUCCCCAAUGAGCAUGUGUCCAAGGACGACAUCAUUAAGGCAGCCAAAGCUGCCAACGCUCAUGAUUUCAUAAUCUCACUUCCUCAGGGCUACGAUACACUGGUUGGUGAAAGAGGAGGGUUGCUUAGCGGAGGACAAAGACAGAGAGUUGCCAUAGCCCGAUCUCUGCUGAAGAAUGCCCCCAUCUUGAUUCUCGAUGAGGCCACAAGUGCGCUUGAUGCAGUGAGCGAGCGGUUGGUCCAGAGUGCGUUGAACCGUCUAAUGAAAGACAGGACAACAUUAGUCAUCGCUCACAGAUUGAGCACAGUACAGAGCGCGCAUCAGAUCGCUGUAUGCUCUGAUGGGAAGAUCAUAGAGCUUGGAACACAUUCCGAAUUGGUGGCGCAAAAGGGAUCAUAUGCUUCACUUGUUGGCACUCAGAGACUAGCCUUUGAAGAAUCCAAUUCGAUGGAUUUAGAUAUGAACGGAGGAAACAAGAGAGUCUUUCAGAGACUAGGCGGUGGCUCGAAUCGGCCGAUGACGGAUUCAAAUCAGAAGGUUUGUUUCCACUGGCGAGCUGGCCGGUGCAAUCGUUACCCUUGCCCUUACCUGCAUAGAGAAUUGCCGGGUCCGGGUCCGGGUCUUUCGUCUACGAAUAAAAGGGUCGCUGAUGAAUCUGGUUUUGCGGGUCCGAGUCACCGGAGAGGGCCAGGAUUCAGCGGGACUGCUAAUAACUGGGGAAGAUUCGGUGGGAACAGAACGGUGACCAAGACGGAGAAACUUUGCAAAUUCUGGGUUGAUGGAAAUUGCCCUUACGGUGAUAAAUGUAGAUACUUGCAUUGUUGGAGCAAAGGAGAUAGUUUCUCCUUGUUGACGCAGCUAGACGGACAUCAGAAGGUUGUCACUGGGAUUGCUCUACCAUCAGGAUCAGAUAAGCUUUACACUGCGAGUAAAGAUGAAACUGUGCGGAUAUGGGAUUGUGCUUCUGGACAGUGUACAGGUGUUCUCAAUCUUGGUGGGGAAGUUGGCUGCAUGAUUAGUGAAGGCCCCUGGCUAUUGGUUGGCAUGCCAAAUCUUGUUAAGGCGUGGAAUAUCCAAAACAAUGUAGACCUGAGUCUCACUGGACCUGUUGGCCAAGUAUAUUCAUUGGUUGUGGGCACUGAUCUAUUGUUCGCUGGCACACAAGAUGGGUCUAUUUUGGUUUGGAGAUACAAUAGCACCACUAGCUGUUUUGAUCCAGCUGCAUCAUUAAUGGGCCACACCCUUGCAGUUGUUUCUUUAUAUGUUGGGGCAAACAGACUCUAUUCCGGUGCCAUGGACAAUUCUAUAAAAGUUUGGAGCCUGGAUAAUCUGCAGUGUAUACAAACGCUUACAGAGCAUACUUCAGUUGUCAUGUCUCUCAUUUGCUGGGAUCAAUUUCUUCUGUCAUGUUCUUUGGACAAUACCGUCAAGAUAUGGGCUGCUACUGAAGGUGGAAAUUUAGAAGUCACAUAUACUCACAAAGAAGAAUACGGCGUGCUAGCUCUCUGUGGUGUCCAUGAUGCAGAAGCCAAGCCAGUAUUGCUAUGUUCGUGCAAUGACAAUUCAUUGCACCUUUAUGAUUUGCCAUCGUUUACGGAAAGGGGCAAAAUUUUAGCAAAGCAAGAGAUUCGGUCGAUCCAGAUUGGUCCCGGGGGCAUAUUUUUCACCGGUGAUGGAAGUGGUCAAGUUAAAGUAUGGAAGUGGUCUACGGAGCCAACCGCCAUUUUGCCUUGAGACGCAAAACAUAGCCCUAGUUCCUCACCUUUGUCAAACCUCUUCUUCUCCGAGUGUCAAGAGUUCUUGUUUGUUUUGUUGUACGAGAGAUUGUUGGUAGCAUCAAGGCAUCUGUCUCUCUGGCUUCAUUAAGUCUCUGCAGUAAGACAGACGGCCUCAGAGAAGAUUAUGGACCACUGAUUGUAUCAAGUAUUAUAUUUGUUUGAUGUCCGAGCAGAGACAUGGUCUGAUCAGUUCCAGAGCCGCGUAUGGAUCUGACCACGUUGGUUGCAGUUCUUACUUCUUAGGCAUAGGAACUUUUGUCCCUCUUUGGUCAACAUUCUUGUCUUGUAAUUUAUGGCAUAGAUAUUUGUGGUCAUGUUACAGUGUAAUAAAAGUGAUGAUUUGUC